CAUGAAGUGUUUCGGUAUGACCAUAUUAUUCCAAGUGGUCCGGUAGGCUUUACCGAAGAAUAGGCUGAGGCUGAAUGCGGGCGAUUCUUGCUUUGCUUGUUCCACUCUGAAACCCUAAACUCGUUUAAACUGUAACCCUAAAAUCCUUGAAUCUGAAACCCUAAAAACCCAAUUGAUCCUGUGUUCCUUGAAUCUGAAAUGGAUCUGACAUGGUUGAGUGCCAUUUUGGUUGGGGCUGGUUAUCUUGCUUUGGGUUACUUCAUUGGUUCUCAGUAUCCCCCUCGUUUCCUCUUCUCAGUCUCACCUAGAUUUUUAACUAAAGAUAAAGAUUCUUCACUUCUCAACGACAAGGACAAUAAUAAGAAGAGGAACACUAAAUCCAAACUCAAAGACCCGCUUGAGAUUGAACAACUUGCUGACAUUCUCGAUGAUUUUAAGAUGAUACUAGUAGUGAGGAAUGAUCUUAAAAUGGGUAAAGGCAAGAUUGCUGCUCAAUGCAGUCAUGCAACUUUGGGUCUCUAUAAAAAGCUCAUUAAUCGAGCACCAAAGGCUUUGAAUAGGUGGGAGAUGUCUGCACAGCCUAAGGUUGUUGUGAAAAUUGAAAGUGAAGAAGAUAUGCUGGCUUUGCAAGAAAGGGCUAAAUCUCUGAAGUUACCCACCCAUAUCACAAUCGAUGCUGGGAGAACGCAGAUUGCACCAAAUUCCAGAACAGUUAUGGCAAUUCUUGGACCUGUUGAGGUGGUAGAUGAGGUAACAGGUGGACUGAAACUACUAUAGUUGUCUGUCUAAUCAAGAUGAUUUAUUGUUUACCAUGAACUUGAGGGUUCGUGAAGGAUAACAGAUUGAACGUUUUGGACAUUACUAAAUUAGAGCCCCUUUGAAGAUUUGUCAUGUUCUUCGCUCACAUAAAGAUUUACAAUUAAUCCUUAGUUGACAGUAAUGAUGAUGGUGAAAACUUUUCUUUGGAGAUGCUCACCGACAAAAACUGUGGAAUCAUGAGCCUAAUAGCAAAUGCAGAAUGAUGUAAUUCAGUUUAUAUGAAAUGUGAUGUUGAGUCUUCAUAGUGGUACCGUGCUUGGUUUUGGAAGGUAUAUGAAUU